GCGCUUCCUAGGCUAGCACAGGACUUGAGGAGUACCAGAAAGCCCGGCUCCAGUUCGUGCAGACGGUGGCAGAACAAGCGACCAGGCCCCAGAACAUCGAGACGCUGCAAAACGCGGGUGCUGUGGUGCCCUCAGAUGGAGAAGGCCCAGCACUGCUCCUGGUCCUGCUGCCCCUCCCAGUCCUUUCAAAGCCUUCUGUGUUCCUCACCCAACGGCACAUCUUCUGUCCCACUGCUGGACGUGGGCGGUGUCAGGGGUGUUGCUGGUGGACUCAGUGACCUUGAUGCCACUGCGGAGCCUGCCAGUGCUGCUCAGUCUGGGUGUAAUAUCUUUGCUGAGGCCUCUUCUUCUCGAUGUGGUCCCAACAAUUCAGCAGACAGCGGCUUUGGCUCUUGGGAGACUGGCCAAUUACAGCGAUGACUUAGCAGACGCAGUUGUAAAGGGGGACAUCCUUCCACAACUUGUUUAUUCAUUGGCAGAGCAGAAUCGUUUCUACAAGAAAGCCGCUGCAUUUGUUUUGAGAGCAGUUGGGAAGCAUUCUCCCCAGAGAGCGCAGGCCAUAGUUGACUGUGGAGCACUGGAUGCACUGGUGAUAUGCUUGGAAGACUUUGACCCUGGAGUCAAGGAGGCUGCAGCCUGGGCACUUGGAUGUGUUUCAAGACAUAAUGCAGAACUGUCACAAGCUGUGGUGGAUGCGGGAGCUGUUCCUCUCUUAGUGCUCUGUAUCCAGGAGCCAGAGAUUGCUCUGAAAAGGAUUGCGGCCUCAGCGCUCAGUGAUAUUUCAAAGCAUUCUCCAGAGUUAGCACAGACAGUGGUGGACGCAGGAGCUAUCGCUCACUUAGCCCAGAUGAUCCUCAAUCCUGAUGCUAAAUUGAAGCAACAAGUCCUUUCAGCUCUCAGUCAGAUUGCAAAACAUUCUGUGGAUCUGGCAGAAAUGGUUGUUGAAGCAGAGAUUUUUCCCGUUGUACUUACCUGUCUGAAGGACAAAGAUGAAUAUGUGAAGAAAAACGCUUGCACUUUAAUUAGAGAGAUUGCAAAACAUACACCUGAGCUUUCACAGCUGAUCGUUAACACAGGAGGGGUGGCCGCAGUGACCGACUGCAUUGGGACCUGCAAAGGGAACACACGGUUGCCUGGCAUCAUGAUGCUAGGUUAUGUGGCUGCUCACUCCGAGAACCUAGCCAUGGCAGUGAUCAUUUCUAAGGGUGUACCCCAGCUGUCAAUCUGCCUGUCAGAAGAACCAGAGGAUCAUAUUAAGGCUGCAGCUGCCUGGGCCUUAGGACAGAUUGGGCGACACACUUCCGAACAUGCUCGGGCAGUCGCCGUCACAAAUACUUUGCCCGUUCUGCUUUCUCUGUAUAUGUCCACAGAACGUUCUGAGGAUCUGCAAAUGAAAUGCAAAAAAGCCAUAAAAAGCAUCCUACAGAAAUGUACCUACCUACCAGCGCUGGAGCCAUUUCUGUAUGACGCGCCUCCAAAUAUUCUGAAGCAUGUGCUUGGGCAGUUCAGCAAGUUCUGGGCUUUACUAUUGAACUGUCACCAAUCUGUAUUGACAAAGGCAACACAGGUGCUGCCACAUGAUAGCGAAGCACGCCGACUUUUUGUAACAAGUGGUGGACUUAGAAAAGUUCAAGAGAUACAAGCAGAACCUGGUUCUCUCCUGCAAGACUAUAUCAACAGUAUUAACAACUGUUACCCAGAGGAAGUGGUAAGGUACUAUUCCCCUGGAUAUUCAGACACACUUCUUCAAAGAGUGGACAACUAUCAGCCAGUUAUUGAUUAAACAUAGUCAUAUUUUUAUACUCAGAUUCACAGCCACAAUUCAUGAAUACUAAUUGUUAAAAUUCUUUCUAAAUAUUUGACUAAAUACAUUCUAAACUUAAUGCCAAAUUCCUUUAGAUAAUAUUUUCAUAGUUUAUGUAACUAUGCUAAAAAUUAGUAUCUUGAAUACAUAAGGAACUGUUCAUAAGCAUUUACAUGCAUAAGAUUUAUUCACAAGGUAAAUUUUAAAUAGACAAUAAAGAAUUAAGAUGUUAUUCUUCUACUAAAAAUCACAGAGAGAGAUUGAAAGAAAGAGAGGUCUCCAACUAAACACAGGUGGGAAAUGUCCAAAGUCCUUAUUUUGAUCAACUCCAAAGGUAAACCAUAGCUGACGGCCAGACAGAAUGGCCUUGUGUAUAACACGGAGGAAGCAGGAGGACAGGAAUGCAGGACCUUCUGCAGAGGUGAUGGCGCUGGGUCCAUAAAUGCACUGACUUGCACGUGUACUCUGCUGUCAGAUUUCCUGAGAAUGAGAACGGUACUUCUCUGUAUUACUUCUGUCCUGUCUGAAAUGCUCCUGAGCCUGUAUGGGGCUGCAGAAGGAGGAAGUUAUCAUGAGGCACUCCGUGCUUGCACAUGUGCUCUCCAACCUCUCGGAAAGGUGUCUGAGUCAUUGUGAGUGACAGCAAAGCAGGCAGCAAGAUGAGUCUCCUGUUCGUGUUUCCUGGCCUGUUCAUCCUCCAGGUUUCAAAAGUCACAUCUUCAGGGUUUGAAGGAAUCAUUUUAAAAGAAUACCAUGAAGCUCAGACCUUAUACUUACUGUGUUUUCAGCUAGGAAGGUAUAAAGGGGUAAGCUAAAGGAGACUAAAGUAAAACGUUAAAUAAAAAUAACAUUAGAAUUGUCCUGUUUA